UUGGACACUACGCCACAUCCCACCCGCCUUGGACUGUGGUGUCCAGCAGCGUCGCCUGCAUCAUGGGGGGCCUUGGACCCUCCAACAGGCUCCUGUCUCUCCUGACUGUGGGUGGUCUCAGCCUCGUUCAGGCCCAUACAGACUGCAACUGCCCCUCGGUGAGCCCCGGCGUGCUGGCGGGGAUCGUGCUGGGGGACCUGGCGCUGACCCUCUUCAUCGCCCUGGCCGUGUACUCCCUGGGUCGGCUGGUCCCUCGGGGACGAGGACCCACGGAGGGUGAGUGGAGCUGGCCGGGGAUGGCCUGGGACCCUCUGAGGACUUGCCUGGCAGGGAGGGCAGUGACCCGGAAACAGCACAUCACUGAGACAGAGUCACCUUAUCAGGAGCUCCAAGGCCAGAGGACAGAUGUCUACAGCAACCUCAACGCACAGAGGCCAUAUUAAAAAUGAGCCCAAACCAGGGCAGUCAACAACCUGAUGCCUGGAUCCAAUCAUUCCUGAUGCCUGCCCAGCACUCUAUUCCUACUCCCACCAAAAUACGGAUCCACAGAGUGUCCACAAUGAGACGUCAACUUCUCCCCACUACUGCCCCCAAAUAAACA